AUGCCGUUCAACCCUACUGCCUCUCCACCACCAUGUAUGCCACCCCUUUUCAAUAUUGCUCCUCAAAUGCAACCAAUGGCGGACAUUGGUCCAAAAAUGACUGGAGAUGCACCUUCUACCAGCCAUAAAGGCAGCUGCACACCAAUUGCAUCUGUUGACAUUCCAAAGGGUGAUCAUGACUAUUUGCUAUACUUGAACACUCCUUUUCGCCUUGUUGCAAGAGGGAGAGUAUAUCAUACAGUGGUUGGGGAUUCCUUAUAUAAUAUGACUUUUCCUCCAGAGUAUGGUAAGGUUUCACUAGAGAUAGUGCAACGACAUGAGGAGGAGUCUGCAUUGCCUAUCCUAAAUGAACAAGCAAACCUAAUUUUCCUGAGAGAUGCAAUUGGUACUUAUGUUGCUUGGCCAUUUUUCCUAAUCACUUUAAGACUCAAGGAAAAAGAGACAGGCUACUCGAAAGAGUCCAUUGCUGAUCCAUCCAAUAAAGGUCGCAGUGCUUGUGUAUCAUUAGAGAUUCUUCAGUUGACAAAAGCCAAAGGUGCUACAUGCUUGGAUAUAAUGAAGCUUUUUGUGAGAAGUGAUCAAACCAUUGAUAUAGCUACAAUUCAUAUAACAACUCUGCACUGGGGUAAAGAGUUUUAUGACAUUGUGGGGAAAGAAAACAUUUUAGAGGUCAUACGUCGACAUUGGUUGAGUGCCUCUAGCAUUAACCUUUACAUACGAUAUUUAUGUGAAGCUUACUUGCAUAGGACAACAAUGACAUAUAGAUUCUCAUUUAUAUCUCCGUAUGAAAUGGACAAAAAGCUCAACCCGAACCCACAUCAACAUAUAGCUGAAAUGUUGAAGCAUCAUAUGGGUGAAGAUCACUUGAUUUUUGCACCUUAUAAUGUUGGGCAACAUUGGGUCUUGGUUGCAAUCAAUACCUCUAACGAGACUAUAUUAUUUGGAUUCUCUAUGCAAGCAGCUGAAGAUCAGAACACAUAUGCAGAACUUAUUUAA